AUCGCUAGCCCGGGACGUGGUCCGCCGCGUCGUUUCGAGCCGGAUGAUUCGAUAGUCUUUCGAAGCUCUCUCCGGGUUACCUGUUCUUCGUGGCGAGGAGAGGGAAGUUUACACAUAGAUAAACGGGAAAACGUGUCUUUCGAGACUAAACAAGGAAAAAUCGGUGUUAAUUAUAGAGAAUCGUUUCGAUAAGCGAAGAAACUUGUACGCUUAUGACGAGACACGGAAAGGUUGGUGACUAUUAGAAUCAUUCGCGGUGAAAAACAAAAAGAUCUCUUUGAAAGUCCUUCAACAUGAGCAAUUGGAGACUUAGUGAUAAUUCGGGGAAGUUCUUUCGAUCAGCAGAGAAAUUGAUCGUCUAAAACGAGAUACAGGAAAGCUCUUUUGCGAGUACUUUUAUACGAAAGACUGGCAAAUUGAUUAGAUGACGAUUAGAAACGAUCGUUGCUGCGUCUAUCGAAAAAAGUUGAAUCUUUGCGGAACUCUAAUAAUUUAUUUACUUGCCUACUAAUCCUUCUCCUCAAAACGAGAAAGUUGGGCAACCUGCGACGAUUAGAAGAAUUGUAUCAAAAUUGGUGCGCGAUUUAUUCAUCUAAUUAAGACUUCAAAAAUCCUUCGAAUUAAAAGGUUGAAAAACUUGCGAAGAUUAAAGAGAACUUUUACGAAAUAGGUGUUUGUAUCUGUAAUUAUAAGUGAAGAAAAGAAGCAAAUUUUGAAGCUUCCAGUGGUGAAUCGUGGGUUCUUCCAUGCGAAGGUUGCGGUGACAUGGCUGCCGCCCUUUUGGGCAAGUGCGUUGGAUUACUGGCUUUGGUGUUGCUUCUCUAUAGUUGUUGCUAUGGCUUCCGUAUUCGAGAUCAUCCAUCGUCGACGGAGCAACCACAUCGCGCCACCUGCACUUCCAUCUUUGGCAGAUGCCAGGAGAAGACGAUCACGGCCACGUCGAACAAAAAGUGGCACGACACUUCGCGGCUUGCCAGUGCUCCUAGGAAACCACCUGUCGAGCUGACGUCGACGGAUGACGAUAGAGUAACAGAAGAAGAAAAGUAUACGAAACAUGACGGAGGUGGACGUGUUUCUGAUUGGAUAGAGAAAAGUCUUGAAGAGGAUGAGGAUGAGGAUGACGAAGUGAUCGUGGAGAUAGAAGAAGAUACUGACGAAGUAAUUGUGAGUUAUGAUGAGGAUCAGGAUGAAGAAGAGGAAGAGGAGGAAAUAAGUGAAAAUGAUGAUGACGGUGAUAGUGAUGAGGAAGAAGAUAGAAAAGUAAUUAUGAAGAAACUUGUAGAGGAUACCGAGGAAGAUGAAGAGAAGAGUGAGAAAGUGGAUUUGAAGAAGAAAGUAAGUUUGGAGAAGGGUUUGAAAUCUAAGAAACAAGAAAAGGAUGAAAAGGACGAAGAUGAGGAUGAAGAAGAAAAACAUGGAAAGAAAUAUAGGAGAGAUGUUCAUGGAAAACUGGCUGUAAAGAAACUUGUUGAAGAUACAGAGGAAGAAGAGAAGACAAGUGAAAAAGUGGAUUUGAAGAGAAAAAUAAGUUUAGAAAAAGAGUUGAAAGAGACAAUGAAAUCUAAGAAGCAAGAAAAGAUUGAAGAAGACGAAGACGAAGGCGAAGACGAAGACGAGGAUGAGGACGAGGACGAAGAUGAAGACGAAGACGAAGACGAAGACGAAGAUGAGGACGAGGACGAGGACGAGGACGAGGACGAAGACGAAGACGAAGACGAAGACGAAGACGAAGAUGAGGACGAGGAUGAGGACGAAGACGAAGAAGAAGAAGAAAAAAUUGUUUUACCUCCACCACGAAAACUAGAAAAGGUUAGACACGCGGAUAAAGAUAAAGUUAGGUCAGCAGAAAUAGCAAUGGUUACAGAAAAACCAAAGGAAAUACCAAAAGUAGAGAAGAAACCAGAGGAAAGCGUGAAGAAGAUUCAAAAAUUAUAUGAAAAGAAGUCGAUGGAAGAACCAUCGAAGCUAGUUGAAGCCACGAAGAAAGUGGAACCCGUGAAAAUAACGAAAGCUGAAAUCGAAUCUCCUGAAUCGAAAAUUGUCGCGAAGCCGGAAAAGAAAGCGCAGAUUUCAGUGAAGAUAGAGGAACCGGCGAAGGUUUCGGUAAAGACAGAGGAAAAAGCGAAAGUUCCGGUGAAGACGGAGGAGAAAACAAAGGUUCCGGUGAAGACGGAGGAGAAAACAAAGGUUCCGGUGAAGACGGAGGAGAAAACGAAGGUUCCGGUGAAGACGGAGGAGAAAACGAAGGUUCCGGUGAAGACGGAAGAAAAGACAAAGAUUCUGGUGAAGACGGAAGAAAGGACGAAGGUAAAACCGGAAGUAUCGAAAACACGGGAACCGGCAAAAGUGAAAACAACCAGUGCUCAAGCUCCGGCUAAAGUUACAGAAGUUAAGCGAUCCGAUAAAGAUGAGUCGAAAGUAAAAACGAAAACGCACGUGGAAGCUUCUUUCACUUUGGCUCGAUUGAACGAAGCGAUACUACGCGUACCGACAUUCGUGCCAAAUUUCACGGCCGUUGAGAACUUCGAAUGUCAGCAGCAUGGCAAGAUCUUCCUACGACAAUUACGGGGUUAUAAGUUAUGGGCGUUGCAAAUGUUAGAUUCGAGCGCAAAAAUUCCAUCGGGUCUAUUGCGAGGGAACGUGAACCAACUUGGAGAUUUUGACGAGUGUUUGGGUGUGAUGGCGCACGUGAAAUUGAAUGAAAAAACGAUAAGGGUGCAGGGCAAAUAUUGUUUGGCCAAUAUAGAUUUGUAUCCGUCUCAUCCGGACAUGAAGCUUCCGGUUAAUAUGAUGCAGGCACGUUCUUUCAUAAGAGGAAGUAUGUACGACCCUGGUCACUUCAUUCCAAAAUUCACGACAGUGAACUGGGCAGUGUGUCUUCCAGCGGCGUGUUCCGCUGAAGAUGCACGAAUCGUUGUCGAGGAAGCAUUGAACGACUAUAACUCUACCGUAGGAAUUACAUUCAUGGUAGAUGUCAAUCCUAACAUGUGCUACGUCAAACAAAAAUCACGAAGCUAUUCGAAAGAGACGAUCGGUGUUCUAUAUUUCUACGCAAUGAUCGUCUGUCUCGUCGCUGUAGCAACCACGAGAGAUUAUUUAGUGGUGUCGGAAGGAAAAGGAAACUAUUCGGAGAGAAUAAUAAUGUCCUUUUCCUUACGGAGAACCCUCAGAUCUUUAUUCAGUAAAGGAUCCAGCUAUGUCGAUAUUACAUGCAUUCAUGGAAUAAGGACACUCGUCACGAUUAUGCUUUACAUUGGUCAUCAAAUCAUACCGAUUUCGAUGUUGCCAUUUUCCAAUCGAAUCGAACUCACAGAGGUAGCGAACUCUCCUAUCAGCUCGAUAAUGAGGGUGUCGAUGGUUUACACAGACGCGUUUUUAUUGCUUAGCGGUGUCCUAGCUGCUUUCAACAUGGCGCACGAAUUUAUAACACGGGGCGAGAUUCGAUGGUUUUGCCGUUUUAUUGCCAGAUAUAUCAGACUCACCCCAGCGUUACUCGCAGUGGUAUUUUGGUACGCGUUCAUAAUGGAGCACAUUGGAUCGGGACCACAAUGGAAUAGCGUCAUAGUACCAAAUGCGGAGCUUUGCAAAAGCAACGCGUGGACGAAUUUGUUAUACAUACAAAAUUUCUUCCCCUUCGAAGAGAUGUGUGCAACUCAUACCCACCAGUUGGCUUUAGACAUGCAAUUGUCACUAUUAGCCCCAAUGUUGGUAUUCUUCUUAGAAUGCAGGCCUAUCAUUGGGAUUCUUGUAAUAUUUUUCUUCGUCUUAUUGUCAGCUACACUCCGUUACGUAGCAACGAUGAGCAAUUAUCUUUCCGUUGUUGUUUUCCAUGGAAUGUCAUUGAAGCACCUUUACAGGACUGCCAAUUUAGUUUACGCAUUACCAUUACAUAGAGCAACACCGUAUGUAUUUGGUGUAGGACUUGGUGUGUUAUUACGGCACACAGGAAGGGAUGUCAGGAUCCACAAGGUGUUAGUGAUCUUGGGAUGGUUGAUCGCGAUGGCCUUGGGAUCCUGGUCGUUAUUUUCACCAUGGCAUUUAGCCAGAAGGGACUAUGUGUACGAUGCUGAAGAAGCAGCCAAUUAUGUUGUGAUCAGUCCAGUCUUUUGGACCUUGGCUUUAUGUUGGCUCAUUUUUGCGUGCUACACCAAUCACGGAGGUAUAUUAAAUAGAUUCCUUUCGAACUACUGGUUAUUACUCUUCAGCAGAAUAUCGUAUGCUGUAUAUCUAACACAAUUCGCAGUAUUUUUCUACAACGUUGGGACCACCAGACACUCUAGCGAAUUUCAUCUUCACAGAGGCCUAGAUCUUCUGGAAGCAGCAACAGUCAUAAUCAUCUCCAUCAUCCUAACCUUAUUCUUCGAUAUCCCUAUGCAAGAGAUCAAGAACGUGCUCAUGGAAAGUACAGACUCCCUGAACGCAGAAGUAGCGAUAUCAGAGAAAUCAGCAAUCGUCGAGUCUUCAACCUCAGAAAUCUCGAAAACCUCAAAAGCUCCAAAAUCAGAACUCCAUGAAAAAAAAAUUUUCGAAGAAGACGAAGUAGCUUCAACAGGCUGGGACUGGCAAAGAGACAUAGUAGAUGGUGGUGCAAAAUACUCCAAUGAGAGUAUAGAAGACGAAGAACGAGUAGACAUGCCUAUCUUAAAAAAGUCAAGUGGCAGAAGACGAUCAUUUAUUAGUCGUGAACCAUCUGAAGCCGAAUAUCCGUCAUAUUGGCUAAAGAAUGAUAACAGAAGAUUCUCAAAUAAUACUGAAGACUAUAGAGAUCGUGGAAGAAGAAGCAAAAGCAGUCAAAGGGAUUAUCAGGAGAACGAAGCUUUAAGAGCGCAACAAGAGCGAGAAGAAUCAAUUAAACGAAGCAGACGCUCUCUGCCAAGAAGCCUCGACACUAACAAAUUAUCCACACGGGACAGCGAGGACGAGGAAGACUAUCCAAGAACCAAAUAUGAAGAAGAAGACGAAAAUAAUCCGAGGUACAGGCGAUCGCAGUCCAGAGGAAGAUCCGUGAUUAGGGAAUCGGACGAUUAUCGUUCCUGGGACCUUCCUAAAGAUUCCAAAAGACCUUCCAGAAAAUCCGAAGAACGCGAGCCUAUACAAAGACAAUCAAGAGUCUCGAAAACCUUCUCCUCAGAAAGCGAAGAAGAACAUUUUCCUCAACAGAGAAGAAUUGAAAAGAGACACGUAGAACCAAGGAUCAGCGACGAAGAGGAUUGGGAGAGCGAGUUGAGAAUACGUCGAAAGCAAUUCAUGGAAAAACUGGCGACACGAGAUCCCGUAUCUGAAGAAGAAAACUUGACCUCUUUACGAAGAUCCUCAGCGGAAGGAAAACUAGCAUUGCUAAAAGAUCCAACAGGAGAUGACAAUAUGGAUUCCUGGACGGUUAGUGUAGGUUCGCGUGUUGCUCAAUUAGGCUCUUCUCAAGAACGAAGUGAACCUGAAGACGAAUAUAUUCGACGAAGAAGAGAAUAUCGUGAACAGGCUCCUCCUCCAAGAGAAGACACCCAAAGCGAAGAAGAAGCGAUUUGGGAUUCCACAAGAAAAUCUUAUACCAGUAGUAGUCAGGUGACUUCUAUCGAAGAAGACGACGAUAUUGAUACUUAUAACUUCGUUCUAACAAAAGAUAGUAAAAGAAAAUCUGUUCAGGACCUUUCUAGGUUACCUCAGGAAGAUUUUGACUUUGUAGAGUUUGAAUUGACUGUUGGAAAGAAAGAGGGUGAAGGUUUACUUAGGUCUUCUUCUGGUUUGUAUAAAAGAGAGUCGAUUAUUAAAAGCCAGGCUAGUGAAGAAGAUCCUGAGUAUCUUCUUCCCGAAAGACCAAAAUUGGUGCAGCAGGAGAGAGAGCAUCCUUUUAAGAAAGCUUGGCAGAUGCAGAAAUCUAGAUCUGAGGAAGAUAGCGCUGCAUACAUUAUUAAAGAAUCUAAAGAACAAUCUAAAACAGAAACGAAAUCGAAAGAUGACGAAACUAAGGAAACUAAAGAAAUUAGAAAGGAAUUUAGUGGAGAACAGUACGAAGACACUGGCGUGUUUGCUGAUGAUGAGUCAGAAUCGGUUAUGCUGGCUCAUAGUAGUAGUGAUAUUGAUGAUAACACGAGAAUGAGUUCGAAGUCUGAAGAAACGGAGUCAGUUUCAACUGAGAGGAGUAAGAGUUCUAAGAAAAAUAGUGUGAAGUCAUCGGACGUUGAGGAGGAUUCUUUGAGAUCUAAUUGGCCAUCGGAGGAGGAGCAAGUUUAUAGAAGCGGUCCUAGGAGUAAAUCGGAGGAGACAGAGUGGAGCUGGGAAAGAGAAGAGACUUGAUGAAGUGAGUGAGCUAUGGAGUAAGAAAAAUGAUUAUAAAUUAAAUAUAACGAGGUAAAUUAUUCUGCUUGGAUUGGUUGAGAGGAAAGGGGAAAGCGAAGUGGACUGGAUUUUGGGAAGGAAGGACUGAGGAUUUGAAAGGAAAAAUGGAUCAUUGAGGAGUUGACGAUUAAUAGAUUUAAUUAUCGUUCCAUAAGAGAGAAUAGAAAGAACGUAUUUUUACAAUCGUUUUAUUCUUAUGCGUGUAAAGAGGUGGAACGAUUUACAGUCAAUCAGAAGUCUACGUACAUCGCUACUUAUAAAUCACAUAAAGCUUCUAAUACAUUAGCUAAACGUUAGCUCCCAGAAACCAUAUACGAGUUGAAUAAAAUCUUAAAUUUUGGUAUUGAUAAAAUUAAAAUUAAAAUGUAGUCCCAAGAAUUUGUGAGUUAAAUGUUUAUAUUAUUUUAAAUUCUUCUAAAAAUAUGUUAAUAUAUUGAUCAAAUUCAUUUUAUGCUUUAAUGAAAAUUGAGUAAGAUAUGUAGAAUUUUGUGACCGAUUGUACAUCUUCUCUGCAGUUGUCUCCUGUUUCUGGUUUCAAGCUCAAGAUCGUUUAUCUGUAUUUAAAUCUAUCGUCAAAACACAUAAGUCGAAUGUAAUCGUGGAAUUACAAUACAUGUUAAAAGCGUUGCGAAUGACAAGACCAAAUUAUGAGACCAUUUUCCGUAGAGUAUAAUAAAUUAUUCGUUAAAUAUACAUAUACUAGCAUCGUGAAUGAAUGAGAUAGUAAUAUUGGAAAAUUCCGUAUUUCUUCGGUAUUUAUGGCGUUCCUUAUCUUCUUACAUUUGAUGGAAUUUGUUUAUUGUAAAGGAUGCGAAGGAUACUGGUAAUAAAAUUAUGCUAAAAAAGUGUCUCCUUUAUGAAAUU